UGUGUCCAGAAAAUGUGGCUAUGUGAUGGAGAUGAUGAUUGUGGGGAUGGCUCUGAUGAAUUAAAUUGUAAACAACGCAAACCUGGAGAUCUGUGUCAAGCAACAGAAUUUAGUUGUAAAGAUGGGAGGCAAUGUGUACCCUCAAGUUUUCAUUGCGACGGGACUAAUGAUUGUCAUGAUGGAAGCGAUGAAAUUGGCUGUGUCCAGCCAACAGUUGUUGCACCUCCACAAUCAAAUAUGGUUGUACCCCAGGGUGGUGAAUUUAAAUUGACAUGUAGAGCUGUUGGAGUUCCCGACCCCUAUAUUAAUUGGCGUUUGAAUUGGCAAGAUGUUUGUGAACCUCCUAGAUGCCAGCAAGUUUCUGAGGGUGGUGUUGGCACUCUUACAGUUCAGAAUGCCCAGCCAUUAGACCAAGGUGCCUACACUUGCGAAGCUAUAAACGUCAAAGGCCGAGUACUAGCAACUCCAGACUGUAUCGUUCGUAUAGUCUCUAUACCAGCACCAGAACCCCCUCCAGAAUCACGUGCUCCAAAACCAGAACAGAGAACCUGUUCUAGUCCAACAACUUAUCAAGCACCUCAGGGCUGUCUUCGCUGCUUUUGUUUUGGAGUUACUGAUCGUUGUCGUUCUAGUAUGCUUUUCAGAACAAAGGAAAAACUUUUCUUCGCUGCCCAGGGGCAAACCCUACAACUAGCUGAUCAAGACGGACGUUCUGUUCCAGGCAUUCAACUGGAUUAUGAACGCUAUAAUUUUGUUGGCCAUAAAGAACCGCAUCAUGGGCAGACACUUUAUUGGAAAAUGACCCAACUAUUUCUGGGAAAUAAAGUCACUGCAUAUGGCGGCGAUUUAUCAGUCAAAUUACUGUAUGAAGGCCCUGGUCCAGGAAGGACUGAACCUCUUAUUAUUCUCAGAGGAAAUGGAAUUACUUUGGUUCACCGUGCUAGAGACCAAGAAUCUGUGUUUACUCCAGGGAGAGAAUUUACAGUAACUGUGCCGACUUAUGAGCAAUUCUACGAACACCGUGAUGGACGUGGCCCUGCUAGCCGUGAGGAUUUAAUGAUGGUUUUGGCCGAUUUGGACCUGUUUUUGAUUCGUGCAACCCACACGGACAGUCAAACAAGUACAAGUAUUGGAGACACCAGUUUGGAAAUUGCUGUAGCUAAGGACACUCAAGACAAGCGUGCCCUAGAAGUUGAACAAUGUGAAUGUCCACCUGGCUAUACCGGAACGUCUUGUGAGGAUUGUGCUGAAGGUUAUGAGAGAAUCCCUGGAGGGCGCUAUCUUGGCACUUGUGUUCCUAGAAGGCAACCUUCACAACCUGUCUGUUCGGCAGUUGGAUCGCUUAGCACUCAGCCCCAAUGGGACGGUCGUUGUCAGUGCAAGCAGAAUGUUAUAGGUUCAACAUGUGACAGAUGCGCCCCCGAAUCCUACAGCAUUUCUAAAGACCAUCCAGGAGGUUGUCUUCGUUGUUGGUGUUCCGGAGUAACAGCAGUGUGCGAAAGCAGUCAUUGGCGUCGCUCAAGAGUAGAAUUGGACUAUUCCCGUGGAGAUGAAGAUAGAUUAGAAGCUGUUAGUUCUGAUCAAAGAAGUCCCUUCAAAUCAAGCAGUCAGCCAUUGAUAACAGACAGCGCAAUUGUAUUAGACGACUUUAAUGGCGUCCCGACUGGCACUCAACUCUACUGGUCUCUCCCUCAAAAGUUUCUUGGAGACAAAGUUACUUCAUAUGGAGGCAAAUUUCGUUACUCAUUUCGUUUUACAAGUUCAUCGAGUGGAAUUUCUACUUUUGGGGGAGCUGAUGCCGAUGUUAUUUUACGAGGAAAUAAUAUUCAAUUGGAAUAUACACAUCAACAACACGUUGAACCAAAUGUUGUGAAUAGCAUUGAGGUUCCAUUAACCGAAGCAGGUUGGCGACGAUCCCCCGAUGGCCAAGCUAUAACCCGAGAAAUUUUUCUAAUGGCUUUAGCUGAUUUGGAAGCUGUUUUGGUUAAAAUAAGCUGUACAAGUGAUUGUGCUUCUUCCUCUCUUUUGACUGUUAAUAUGGAAACUGCUGAUGCUUAUGGAACUGGGGAACUGGCUUUGGAUGUUGAGCACUGCCAAUGCCCUCCUGGCUAUCAAGGAACAUCAUGCGAGAUUUGCGCCCCAAAUUACUUCCGCGCGCAAGGUGGUUCUUAUAUGGGUGUUUGUGAACGCUGUGAAUGCCAUAGCCAUGCAAGCCAAUGUGAUAAAGAAUAUGGAGCUUGUAUUGGGUGUCAACACAAUACUGAAGGAGACCGUUGUGAACGCUGCAGGCCAGGUUGGAGAAAAAUUCUGAAAAAUCAUAGAAAAUUCUUAAUUCAGAAAAUUUUUUUUUAA